AUUUGGAGAGUAAAUGACGAAAGUUCAUUAUUUUCAGCUCUCAUACCACCACUGUGCACAUGUUUGAUCAUUUAAAAUUCAUUAGUUGAGGGUUUUGAAGACAGCUUGUUCAUUUGACACCAAUUUUGUUCAAAUCGAUUGUGUAGUUUCUGAGAUAAUCCAGGUUUCGAUAAACAAUGAAAUUCAAUAUGGUCAUAUAGGAAAACUAGACUUUUCAUUUAAAAAUGCUCAACUCGACGAACUGAAUCAAUACAUACUGGCAGUAUGUGACGUGCUCGAAAAUACCGAAAAUCGUUCGAAUCGAACUGCACAAUGCCACCCUAGAAUCUCUGUCAUCUACGUGGGAAUUUCCGGAUGAAUUCAACCCAACAACAACAUUUGCCUCAUUAGCAACAUUCUGAAUGAUAGCAAUAAAUAAACAUUAAUGGGAAUAUCCAUCCAGCUUCCGUUGAUAAACAAAUAGACUAGCACUAGACCCAUCGGGACAGGUACAUUUUAGCCCAUUGUCUGGUGCAUUACCUAUGAGUCCUUCGCCCGGGUUAAUUUCCCUCCCACCCAGCGAUCGCAUACAUGUAUUGUGAAGAUCCACCGUAAAGCUGUAUGCGUGUUGAAGUCUGCAGAUGAUUCGCUACCCAAAAACAGAACAUACACGCAUCGCAUCGGGAAUGCACGGACGAGCAAACCAAACCAACACCACUGCUCGUGAUCAUUCAUGAUCGUGUAGCAGGCUGCUGGAUGCUGCUGCUGCAGUCGUCGAUCGAGAGUGUGCAGCUAAAGUCGUACUUUUGUGGAGUUAUCUCUUUGCUGGACUGUGAAGUGAACCUGCCUGCCAGCCAGUCAGUUAAGGAAACGGAUCAAUUGGGGGGUUGAACGCUUCGUGGAAUUGAAACCUCAUGGUCGAAGUGCUCGUAACGAUUACCUCGGAUCGCCGCAUUGGAUUAGCUUAUUAUCAGAAGAUGUGAACAUCUCACGGUCUAUUCGGAGCAGAGCAGAACAGAGAGAAAGAGGACCAAAUAAAGCAUAUCGCGCUGCAGCCCGUGAACCAGUGAAACUUCUAUCAAUCGUAAGGUGUCUGUCUAUCAACGUGACCGUAAUUUUCCGUAAUGUUGUCCUUGGUGGUUCGUUGGCCACCCCGCAGGAGACGGUGGCCGUGGUUGAGUGUCCUGAUUUUUAUGCUGGUGGUGGUGAUGAAAAAUGAUUUUGUGAGUUGUGCGCAGCACCAGUACACCAUUAUUGAAUUGCAGCAGAGCACGUUUUUAACCAGCAUUUCCGGGGAUAUCGAUAUGGAUCCGUGCAAGUCAACUAACUUCAUGGGGGACAUCGCUCUGCCAAACGUAAACUAUGAAAGUGAAUUUCACAAGCAAAGACUGAGGGAGGAAACUUUAGAGGCGGAGAAACUGAAGAAACAAAUCAUCUUCGAGGGCUUACAGGUAGAGGAGGAAGGCCUAAUCAGGCCACCUGUUCCAUCGCGAAAGCGUCCUUCGAAAUCGAAAGCCGGUGAUAGAUCACUGAUCGCACUCCCAAAGAAGGUUGCUGAUGAAAGCAGAAACCCGCCAACAAGACAUUAUAAACAUCGACUAGAAAAGCACAGUCAGGACAAAACGAGUGCGCGAGUGCAUCCCAGAGCGAAGAGACCUACUUACAAAAGCAAAGCAGAUCUGAAAUCGAAGCUGGGAAAUCCUUCUCUUUCUGACACUGAUAAUGCACUAACGACGAAACACAAAGCGGUGCGGGCUGCCAGUAGAAAUGCGCUGAUGAAAAUAAACACGCCUCGCAAAGUGCGGCGGUUUCGAGGGAAGAAAACAGAGCGCCCGCAUCGGAGAUCAACGCGGGCGGCAACGGCCAAAAAGGAACGCAUUUGGGACUUUGGCGUUAUUCCUUACGAAAUCGAUGGCAACUUUAGUGGUCUGCACAAGGCACUCUUUAAGCAGGCAAUGCGACACUGGGAAAACUAUACCUGCAUAAAGUUUGUCGAGAGAGAUCCCGAACAGCAUCCGAAUUUUAUCGUAUUCACCGAGCGGCCGUGCGGAUGUUGUUCGUUUGUGGGAAAACGCGGAAAUGGACCGCAGGCCAUAUCGAUUGGGAAGAAUUGUGACAAGUUUGGUAUCGUUGUUCACGAGCUAGGACACGUGGUCGGUUUUUGGCAUGAACAUACGCGACCCGAUCGGGAGGAUCACGUUGUCAUCGAGAAGCACAAUAUUAUGGUGGGUCAGGAGUACAAUUUCAACAAACUAACGGAGGAUGAGGUUAACAGUUUGGGCCAACCGUAUGAUUAUUUUUCGAUUAUGCACUAUGCGAGAAACACGUUCUCCAAGGGAACGUACCUGGAUACUAUUCUACCGGUGGAUGUUCCCGGUCAAAAGCGGCCGGAGAUUGGUCAGCGGUUGCGAUUGAGCGAAGGAGAUAUAAUUCAGGCGAAUUUGCUGUAUAAAUGUACUAAAUGUGGGCGGACUUUCCAGGAUCAUUCGGGUUACUUUACGUCGCCUAAUUACAACACGAAAGCGUCCCCCGGUGAGCCGGAACGUUGUGAGUGGCGAAUAACGGCCACCCACGGGGAACAGAUUGUGUUGAACAUCACCGACAUCGACAUUCACAAGUCGGAGAAUUGUCGCACGGAUUAUUUGGAAAUACGAGAUGGCUACUGGUACAAAUCUCCCCUGUUGGGUCGAUUCUGCGGAAGUAAACGGAACAAUAAUCUGAUCGUCUCGAGUGGCAGCCGAAUGUUGCUGACGUUUGUGACCAGCUAUCGGCAGGUCAGUAUGCGAGGCUUCGCUGCUCAGUACGAAGCCGUCUGUGGGGGUGAUAUUAAUCUGGAAGGUGGAGGCCGACUGGAAUCGCCAAACUAUCCGGCGGAUUAUCUGCCGAAUAAGGAGUGCGUUUGGAGGAUUACCGUCCCUGAGGACUAUCAAGUGGCGUUGAAGUUUCAAUCGUUUGAGGUGGAGAACCACGAUAACUGUGCGUACGAUUAUGUUGAGGUUCGUGACGGACAUUCGGCAGAUUCUCCCGAAAUUGGCAUAUUCUGUGGUUACAAAAUACCCCCGGAUAUGCGGUCGACGUCGAAUAAAAUGUUUGUUAAGUUCGUUUCGGAUGGAUCCGUACAGAAGGCCGGCUUUCUGGCGACGAUUCUAAAGGAGGUUGAUGAAUGUGAGCGCAAAGAUCAUCGAUGUGAGCACGAAUGCAUUAAUACGCUUGGAGGCUACGAGUGCGGUUGUCAAAUAGGCUAUGAGCUGCACAGCGACCGGAAGUCGUGCGAGAAAGCCUGCGGAGGUGUCCUGAAGCAAAAAAGUGGCACCGUUUGGUCACCGUCCUUCCCGAAAGAGUAUCCAGCGAUGAAGGAUUGUGUUUGGGAGAUCGUGGCGGCCGCGCAGCAAAAAAUCACACUUAAUUUCACCCAUUUCGAUCUGGAAGGCAAUACCUUCUAUCAGUCGUCGGAGUGUGACUACGAUUCGGUUAGUGUGUACUCGAAAAUCAACGAAGAAGCCAUGAAGCGUCACGGGACGUACUGCGGCUCGAAGAUUCCGCCCACCAUCACCUCGGAGAGUCACAUCCUUCGGAUAGAGUUUCGAUCGGAUAAAACCGUUCAGAAAUCGGGCUUCGCUGCCGUGUACUUUUCCGAUGUGGACGAGUGCGCGGUGAAUAACGGCGGCUGUCAGCACGAGUGUAAGAACUUGGUCGGAUCGUAUGUGUGCGCCUGUCGGAAUGGUUAUCUAUUGCAUGAGAACGGUCACGAUUGCAAGGAGGGAGGCUGCAAGUAUGAAAUCAACACCCCAAACGGUCAAAUUCAGAGUCCAAACUAUCCGGAUGAUUAUCCGUCGAAAAAGGACUGCAUUUGGCACUUUACAACCGCUCCCGGGCAUCGAAUUAAACUGGUUUUCAACAUGUUUGACGUUGAACUACAUCAGGAGUGUGCCUACGAUCACAUAGUCAUCUACGAUGGGGACUCCCAGGAAAGUCAUACGCUGGGACGUUUCUGUGGGGCCAAAACACCACAUCCGAUUUCGUCAACUUCGAACGAAAUGUAUAUGGUCUUCAAGACGGACUCGAGCGUCCAACGGAAAGGAUUCCUCGCUAGUCACACAACGGCAUGCGGUGGCCACCUUCAGGCGACAGCCGAUAUAAAUCACAUCUACUCGCACGUAGGCUAUGGCGACGGAACAUACGAUAAUGGUGCCGACUGCGAGUGGACCAUCGAAGCUGAUUCCGGUCGGAAGGUGCAGCUAACUUUUCUGACGUUCGAUCUGGAGGAGGAAACUCUUUGCUCGUACGAUUACGUGGAGAUUGGAAGUGGGUUUGACGAUACGAGCGGCCAACUGCACGGCAAGUACUGCGGUAACAGUAUGCCCCCGGAGAUAAUCUCAAUGAGCGAGGUGGUGAUAGUGCGAUUCCGCUCGGACGACACGGUAGGAUUCAAAGGCUUCUCGGCGUCGUACGUUGCCAUCAGUCCGUUCGAUGACGAAUUUUCGACCGAUGAGGAAGCAUCGGAAAGCUCCGAGCUGGCGGCUCCCUUUCCGGGCUCGUUAAGGAAUAUGUUCAUUAGCUACAAUGAGGAGGAUGACAAUGAGUACGACGAUUACGAAUCGUAUCGUGGCCGGCGAGUGAACAGCAAGGUGCGGCUGGGUGUUCGUAACGAGAUUAGUGGCUCGGCGCAGGCCGCUGAUUGAAGGAGGGUCGUGAUUCGAAGCGGUCAAUUGUGAUGGCGACUUUUUAGUGCGUUCAAAUACAGAAGAGAUUCCAUAACGAUGCAUUUUAGAUAGUGAAAAUAAUCUAGUUCCUAGAUUGUUCGGAUGUUUUUUUUACAAUAAUUUUGCCAAUCACCCACAGGUUAACGUUUAUAGGACAUGCAAUGAAAUAGACUGAAAUAGUUGUAAAUAAAGUAGACGAUUUCCUAUGA